AGCGUAGUGACUACCUUGUUAAAACUUUGUACAUUUCCUAAAAAAUUAAGCAGCUCAUUUAAAAGCAAGUUGUGUGUAUACAUCUAAUGAAAUUGUCUUAUACAAAAUGUAUGUUAUGUUACACGAGUCACGUUUUCACUGACAAAAUUAUGUUGUUGUAUCUUCAUAUGUUGCUUUUGAUUGAAUGGAUUUCGUGGAGAAAAGGUACACUCAAUAUUUGGCUACAUCAGCUGCUUUAUUGCAAAUUAAUGCUUGCCCCAAAUUUAAUAAAAAAUUGUUUUAAUUAAAUUAAUUUAUCAGCAGAAAUAUUGUUUUUGAAGGUCCUUGAUCCAUUUGUUUACUAUUUUAAGAUAUUUUCUUUCUACUUUAUUUACACAUAACAUAAUUUCUUUAAUCAUAAUAACAUUUACAUAUAACACCUUAAAGAAUUAUUAAAAAAAAUAAUAUAAGACGUUUGCAUACCGCUUUCGCAGUACUACGUAGCAAACUCGUUUCGCUAGCUUGCCUACAUUUUGUUUUUCUUUUGUUCAACUUAACCACUUGAUCGGUCUAUCAAGUCUACUUUGUAUAAGUUCUAUAAAUAUAAAUAUGUUUUCUCCAACAGACUGUACUGCUACGCUCAGAAGCACGUCAAGUCAAUUCGUGCGGUGACAAGAACUGUCCAAAUGCCGGACAACAGGACCAAGUCGGUUCGCACUCGCGUCCAUACCCACGUCCACUCGUCGCCUUAUCACGUGUCCGACCAUAAGGCGGCUAUCACCGUCGGCAUCAUCAUGGGAGUGUUCCUUCUGUGUUGGGUGCCGUUUUUCUCUGUGAACAUCGUCGCUGCUUUCUGUAAGACGUGCAUACCAGAUCUGGCCUUCAAAAUCUUGACCUGGCUCGGCUACUCCAACUCCGCGUUCAAUCCAAUCAUCUACUCUAUAUUCAACACCGAAUUCAGGGAAGCCUUCAAAAAGAUCCUCACAUCCAGGUACCCUCCUUGCUGUGGUUACCAAACAGUUAGAGCCAACACUCCCACUAGGAAUGAUAAUUUCGUAACAGACUACGGAACGAAGACUCUAGUGGUUCGCCGGAGUGGAUCUUUAGGUCUCUCUGGCGUAGAUCCAACUCCUAGAUCAUCAGCUGAAUCCGUACGACCAUUGAGGGAGUACCACAUAUGA